GAAGUCGUUAAGUUUGCGUGGCCUCAGCUGUGUGCGUGUUUCUGUCCCGCAGACUCAGUCACAUAUAAUCCACAGUGACUCUUCCAGCAUCAUCAUCACUGUCCUGUUCGGAUGGCCGUGUGUUCUCCUGCGGCUCGCAGCUCAACACCUGUCCCUCUGAACCGCCUGAAAACUGCGUAUUUAUUAGUGACCACUCGGCAGUGGCAGCAGUGACUCCACCAUCGCCAUGGCCUCUGUCACCUCCACCCCCGCCGCCGCCGCCGCCUCUGCCAGCCGCACCAGCCGCUCCACAUCCCGCCGCAGCGCGGCCGCCGCCGGCCUGGCCUCAUCCAGGUGCAGCCCGACCAGCCUGUCCCGCAUCCACGAGAAGGAUGACCUGCGGCAGCUCAACGACCGCCUCGCCAACUACAUCCAGCGGGUCCAGGAGCUGGAGAGCGAGCGGGCCUCCAUGCUGGUGCUGCUGGAGGAGAAGGAUGAAUCGAAAAGCCGGGAGAUGAGCAACGUGCGGCGGUUGUACGAGGAGGAGUUGGCCGACGUGAGAAAGUGCCUGGAUGGCCUGGCCGGGGAGAAGGCCCGCCUGCAGAUCGACUACGGGAAUCUGUGCGAGGAGUUCAGGAAAAUUCAAGCCAGGUUCCAGAAGAAGGAGAGCGACCUGGCGAACGCGUUGGCUCAGUGGAGGAAAGUCGAGGCGUCUCUUAGCUCCAAGGAUGUUGAAUGCAGCAAGCUGACGUCUGAAAACAGAACACUGCAGGAAGACUUCACCGACCUGCAGGGCCAGUUUGAGAAUGUAGAGGGCGUUCUAUCGGACACCAGGAACCAGCUGACCUCAGAGAUCCUGAGGAGGGUGGACAUGGAGAACCAGGUGCAGACACUCCGAGAACAGCUGGAACUCCAGAGGAACAUUAGCGAGCAGGAGAUCUUGGAGAUUCGCAGCCGCCACGAGAGCCGCCUGGUGGAGAUGGACUCAGGGAGAUGCAGAGAGUUUGAGAGUAAACUGGCUGAGACGAUGCAGCAGCUCCGCCAGGACCACGAGUCUCAGCUGCAACAGUACAAAGAGGAGAUCGACAAGACCUUCAGCUCAAAGUUGGAGAAUGCCCAGCAGGCUGCAUUUGAGAAGAAUGAUGCCAUGUCAGCCACUAAAGAUGAACUGGAGACCACCAAACUGAGAGUGGAGACCCUCAGCUCUCAGCUCCAGGUGUACCAGAAAGAUAAAAUGGUGCUGGAGAGUCGCUACCAGGACCUGGAGAGGACUCUGGACAGGGAGCGGGAGCUUUGGCAGCAGAAAACGAGUCAGAAGGAGCAGGAGCUGCUGAACAUGAGGAGCCAGAUGUACAGUCAGCUGGAAGACUACGAGAACCUGCUGGAUGUCAAGCUGGCUCUGGACAUGGAGAUCAAUGCCUACAGGAAGAUGCUGGAGGUGGAGGAGCAGAGAUUGCAUCUGUCACCCAGUCCCUCCCAGCGUACCACCGUCCCCCGAACCCACGAACACAGCAGCCGCAAAGCCAGAGGGAAGAAACGCAAACAUGAGGGAGCCACUGGCAGCUCACCUGCCUAUAAGAUGUCCAGUCGGUCAACAGACCAUGGCGUUGUGAGCGUGGCAGAGGUGGACAUGGAUGGAAAAUAUGUCCGACUGAAGAACAACUCUGAAACGGAACAGUCGCUGGGAGGCUGGGUUGUUCGUAGGAUUUACCCAGACUCUGGUGACAUCUCCUUCCACAUCCCCUCCUCCUGUGUCCUGACCGCUGGGCAGACGCUCACAAUCUGGGCAGCAGGAGCAGGGGUGGAGGCUGUUUCUGGCGACCUGGUCCUUCAGGGCCACAGGAGCUGGGGCCCCACCACCAAUGUGAGGGUCGUCCUCCUCAACGCCAACCAUGAGGAGAUGGCUGAGCGCAGUCUAUGUAUGCAGGUCAGAGGUGAUGAGGAAGAGUUCGAUGAAGAAAUUGUCUCGGGCAGUGCCAUCCAGCAUUUUCGGAGACAGGAACUUUCUAAAGAGGCGAGCUGUGCCGUCAUGUGAAUGCGUGUCCAUUUUUCUGCUGUCCUUCAUGUCUGCCCGGAAAACUGGACUGGCUUUGGUCUGCUGUUGUCUGGUUCCAGUGUUGUUCCCUACAGAAAACUACAGUAGGACACAGAUGUGUUAGUGGAGAGCUCCGAUGCCUUAUUGAAACAGUAUGAACCUCUGUAUUUGUUUAGUCUCUGAUUUGCACAAGACCAGAUGUGAGCUUUGCCUUGAUUUGAUCUAAUUUAAAUGAUUAUUUAAAUGUUUGUGUGUGUGUGAAAUAAGUGUUGGAAUAAAGUUUUCUUAACAAAUACAGUAAAGUCACACGCUUUACAUAUGUGUGGUCAAAUGUCUCACUGAUCAUAAAAAAAGAGAAAGCAAGAAUUAAGUUUAGGUUUUUGGAAGUAAUCUUAAAGCGAUUACACACUAAUGCAAAACUACUAAUGGUAGUAUAUUCAGUGUGCCAAUAAACCCUCAAAUGUUUCACACUGGACCUUAAAGUCUGAUAUUUUAAUGCUUUAGUUAUCUCACCGUUGCUCUUUCCUAACCACAAAGUUUGUCACUUUAUAAACUGUAAAACAUUCACUUACUGCAUUAAAGCAUAUACAAACUGG